AUGACACUUUAUGCUGAUGUUUUACUAUCUUUUAACUGGACAUUUUGGUACAAAGAUAAGUGCGCAAAGGACGAUGAUUGGAGAAUGAAUUUCCAAAAGCUAUUCGAAGUGUCGACGGUUACGCAAUUUAUCGAGGCCUAUAAUAAAACAAAAUUGCCUUCUCGUUUACCACUAGGAGCUAGUUAUUAUUUUUUCAAAAAUGGAAUACAGCCAAUGUGGGAAGAAGAACCGAAUAAAGGAGCAGGAGCUUGGGUAAUUGUGGUUACUAAUCGGAUUAAUAAUGAUUUGAAUUUGAUUUGGUCAGAUAUGUUGUUUACACUCAUUAGUAGCGGUUUUAAAGAGUUGUCGUGUUAUUUAUGUGGUAUCACGUGUAACGUGAGGGACAAACAAACACAAAAAGUUACAAUAUGGACAGUCAAAACUACAUUGGAAAAUUAUGAACAUAUAAUAAAGAUUGGAAAAAUUCUACAAACCCUUAAACAAAACGUAUACGAAAUAAAAUCAAUAAAAUAUAAAUUACAUAAUAGAUUGUCAAAUAAUUUUGACUAUGUGUUAUAA